AUGUCGCCGCCUACAAAGUCUGGCAGGCCACCCAAGGAAGCUCUAGUUCCUACCGAGGCCUCAGGAGAUACUGUUGCUCCAGGCAAGCCCUCUGAGGGUGCUGCAGCUGCUGAUCAGUCCGGCGAGGCCCCUACGGUCUCUGGUGAACCAUCUCAGGAUGCGGCGGGCAUAGCCGCACUCACUAAGCCCCGUCAG